AUGACCCUGAACCUGCGCACCACGCUCAUUUUCGGCGGCUUCAUGUCCCUGAUCGGCGCCGCCUUCUACCCCAUCUACUUCCGGCCCCUAAUGCGGCUGGAGGAAGCUAAGAAGGAACAAGCCAUAAAUCGAGCUGGUAUCGUCCAAGAAGAUGUGCAGCCACCAGGGUUAGAAGUGUGGUCGGAUCCAUUUGGCAGGAAAUGAAAAGGCUAUCACCACCUCUGAUUAUGAAAGUAGACAGAGUCUUCAUGCUUUCAGUUCUGCAGCAAGUACAAUAAAUCACCUGGCUAAAGAACGAUGGCUGGGGAAGAAAACUCUAGAAGGUUGUAAAGAAGAGUACUGUGCACCAGGAUUAAUUCCCUUCUUAAGUAUCAA